AUGGCGUCCUCUACUGUGGGACACGUCAGGACAUGCGAGAACUGCGCCCGGGGAAAAAUCCGAUGCAUCCGUGCGCCAGAUUCCUCUAUCUGCGAUCGUCGAGUGGAGGCGCUUGAAGCAAAGGUUGAUGAGCUUCUGGCCCGGGUUGGCACACAGCCGCACACUACCCCUCAGACUGAAGUUUCUUGUGCUCCCUGUGCUACGCCGACAGGUCUCUCCGACACAGAUAGAGCCGAAGAUGUGAUUGACCGGGGGAUCGUCAGCUACAGUGACGCCACUAAGAUGCUAGGCUCCUUCCGGCAGACAUUGAUGCCGUACUUUCCUUUUGUUAUAAUCGCCCCGCAAACGACGCUAGAUCAGCUCCGGGCAGAGAAGCCGUUCCUGUUGCUGGCGAUUAUCAAGGUGUCGAUGUAUAGAGACACCGCGGCCCAGCGAAUCCUCGAGGAAAUCUUCCAGUCCGCAGUUGCGAAGCGAAUGAUCUUUUCCCAUGCUCCCUCAAUGGAUGUUCUACAAGGACUACUCGUAGCCUUGGCAUGGCUUCAUCAUCAGAUCCAGCAUAUGAGAUUCUCCAGCUACCUUCAUCUUGCCUGGAGUAUUGUUGGAGAUCUGCGGCUCGAUCGAGUGUCUGACACCCAAUCGAUCUAUUCACGCAUGGACAUGAGUACGGUAUCAUCAGACCAUCGCAGUAGCAAACAAUCCAAAAAUGAGAGCAGAAGGGCUCUGAUUGGAUGUUACAUGUUAUCUUCAUGUCGAUCCACCAUGUUCCAGAAAGAUCGCAUGAUGACUCGGUUGUCGUAUGUCGAGAAACAAGCGCUUGAACUACUGGACAACGCCGAGACCGCCAGUGAUAGAUGCUUGAUACAUUUAGUCAAGUUGCAACAGAUAUUCGAACGAAUUGACGACGCUGUGGUGACUACUACAAAUCCUGGACGAGAGAUCGACAUGCGUGGGUUCCAAUCUCAGAUCAACGAGUACAAAACGACUCUCCCAGCAACAUUUUCUGAUAAUUCGCUUCUUCGAUUCAAUCUACACACUCUACAGCUAUUCCUAUGCCAAGCUUGCUUGUUCGACAAACACGAGACGGCCUACAUCGCUACUUCUUCAAUGAACCGCUCUCAUGCCGAUUCUAGACUGCCGCCACAUCUCCGAAGCGGUCAACAUCCGCUGGAACUAUCGGACUUUCAAGUUGAGCUCCUUGGCCGAGGUCUCACUGAAGCGAAGAAGUUUUUUGACUAUUUACUACAAUUUUCCCCUGAGACUUAUGGUGUGAUCAGUCAUACGCAAUGGUUACAAGCGGGAUUCAACCUGGUCAUCGGUUGCAAACUUGCUGUCACGGGUGCGAAGUAUGCUCAACGAAGCCAACAUAUCGGGGCGUUGUGCUCUACUCUGAAUAUGCCGCAGAUCAUAAGGGGCACAUCACACCGUCUCCAAUGGCUUAGUAAAGACAAAGUCGAUACCGAUGGGAAGCAACAGUCCAAACAUUUCUAUGAGGUCUGGUUAGAACACAUUCUUGAAUGGUUUGAACAGAAGUAUCACCUGGCCCAACCUGAAGCCCAAGCUCUUCCUCUCACCGAAAUGCCCCCAGGCGGCUUCAGAUCAUCUGCGUUCGGGAAUGGCUCGUCUUCACAGGAAGCAAACAUCCUAAGCCAAGGCCAUGGCGUCGAGCAAGUGGCGCAGAUCGAUGAGACUGGGACUUGGCCGGACUUUCUGUGGGACAUAAGCACGGAAGACAUACUGGGUGGGUACAUGGGAUUUUUGGAUAUGCCAAAUGCUAUGCCACAAUUUGGAUACGAAAUGCCCAUUCCUUGA